AUGAGCGGCUGGACUGUCAUUUAUGUUUUACUCGGGGUCGUGGCCAUUUCUUGCGCUACUUGGGCAUACCCCUUCAAGCAGGAUAAGACUGUAAUUCGCAGCAGUGUCAUUCUUACCCUUUCCAUGUGCUACCUCAUGUGGGCUAUCACCUUCUUGGUCCAGCUGCACCCGCUUGUUGCUCCUAGAAGAAGUGAUCUCCGACCGGAGUUUGCAGAGUAA